CGAGAGGGGCGGGGCUAAUAUGGUGCUACCGGUCCCUAGUUGCCUUCGCGUCCAACGGCCACAUUUCAAACUAGAAUGGCGACCGCCGUCUGCGGUCUGCAGUCCACCGGCAACAACGGCAAACAGGCGAAAACACACCGAGAACACCGGAGGAAAGCGAAGGAUUCAAGGAGGAGACAAGCUGCUUUGUUGUUUCUAACCAAUAUCUCCCUCGAUGGACGGCCCCAGUGUCAGCCAAGCGGUGGAAACACCGACCGAAAAGCCGCCGAGGAGCAGCGGCUCAGGAGCAGGGACGACGCCGCGGUGGUCGUGCCCCCGCCGGCGGAGAGCCAAGAACCGGUCACCCAGGUGACCGAACCCGCCGCCGCCGCCGGCAGUGGCUCGUCUUCCAGUUUCCCAGGGCUAGCCGGUGGCACGCGACUCUCUGCGGUGAUCUUCCCGGGACCUGCCGGGGCGACCGCCUUCGGAGCCAACGAGGUAUUUUUGGAGGGUGGUGGUGCGGCCGAGCCGCUCACCCCGGACACCCCCCUGUCUCCUGUUACCACCGGGCACACGGCCUCCUCCCGCGUCCGGUCCACGCCCGCCGCUAUCAGCCCGGUGCCGGCCGCCAGUUCCCUGGAUCCACGGCCGAGGUUGAGGAAUGCCUCUGGUUCUCCUGGUCCCAAAGUGCCAAAGAAAGUCCACUUCAUCAAAAGCAUGAGGCAGUAUGACACGAGGGGAUGUAGGAUCGUGCUGAUUUGUGCCAAGCGGUCGCUAUACGCUGCUUUCUCAGUGCUGCCCUACGGAGAGAGUGCUCACGUCAGUGACCCCAAGCUGGACGCUCACAGGCAGAGGCUGUCUUCUGUGGUGGUCGUUGACCUGCUGCCUUCCCUGGAAGGUGUGGAGCUCGCCGACUACAGCAAGACGGUGUCGUACGCUCAGUUCCUUUAUCCAACCAACGCCUUGGUGAGACAGAAGAGCGCCGGCGCGCCGGAGAGCUGCGCGGCUCAGGCCCCCCAGUCCCGUCUCCGCGGUAACGGGCAAAGGAGCGCCCCCCCGGCUCGCCUGACCAACGGCGCGGCCCAAGACUCGUCGAUGGAGGAGGUCGUCGAGUACGACCCCAACCUGCUCAGUGACCCCCAGUGGCCCUGUGGGAGACACAAGAGGGUUCUGAUAUUCGCAUCAUAUCUGACGACUGUAGUCGAGUAUGUGAAACCAUCUGACCUGAAGAAGGAUAUGAAUGAGACUUUCAAGGAGAAGUUUCCUCACAUUAAGCUGACUCUGAGCAAGAUAAGAAGCCUGAAGAGGGAGAUGCGGGCCAUGAGCGACGACUGUGGUCUACAGCCGGUCACCAUAGCGAUGGCUUUUGUCUACUUCGAGAAGCUGGUGCUGCAGGGCUACUUCAACAAGCAGAACCGGAAGCUGGUGGCCGCCGCGUGCGUCCUGCUGGCUGCGAAGAUCAGCAGCGAUUUACGGAAGCCGGACGUCAAACAGCUCAUCGACAAGCUGGAGGAGCGUUUCCGCAUCAACAGGCGGGAGUUGAUCCCGUUGGAGUUCCCGGUGCUGGUUGCCUUGGAGAUGGGACUUUACCUGCCCGAGAGCAUGGUCAUGCCACACUACCGCAGGCUGGUGCAGCAGGGCUAGACCGCGAGCCGCUCGCGAGCCGCAGGGUGUUUGAAGCUCCGAAUUCAUGAAGGAGAACAAGUUUACACUCGCGGAGCUUCGACUCGACUCGAUGUCACGCGGCGUCUCCCUGGAUGUCUUUCUGUCCGCGCUGCGUGGUCUUGAACUCUAUGUUGGAGCUGUUGGAUGAGCACGUUGAUUGUGCUUUUAUUUUUGUCUUCCUGUGUCCGUUUUGUUUGGUGCGUCCGAGUAUUUGUAGAUGGAACUUGCGCUGUGACGUCCGGAGGACUCUUCUCUCUUGCACCUUUCUCAUCACUGCACACAGUCUGCAGAGUGCGUAUUAGGAAUCACAAGGAACCACACUGUUGAUUUUGUAAAUGCCUUUUUUCAAACCCACUGUGAAAAUAGCGUCCGUUAAGCCAUGAGACGCUUACUGUAGAAUGUUGGUGGAAAGAUUUGAGAAGCAGCCUUCAAUUUGUGUUCAUUCAUAUAAUUUAUCUGUGUGUUCACACUGUACCAAUAUUCAAUAUCUAAGGAAACGUGCAUACAUUAUUUAUAGUGGAUGUUUUAAAUGUCGUUGAACAGGGAUGUAUUUAAAAAAAAUAAUAAUAAUCUGUGAACUUGAAUUUAUUUCUCAGUCCGAGUUGAUGUAUCUUUCAGUGCUCAGGAGUUUUACUUUCUUGUGUCUAUUGAAUGGCUCAAAUCUAAUCCAAAGAUGUUUCUUUUUAUAUAUUCAGGUUGCUAUAAUAACUGAAAUGACCUGUGCUCCCAUUGUAAGUCACUGAUUGUAUUUAUUUCACAGGCAUCCCACUGUAUUAAGAUGCGUGCAGCUGCCACUUAGCUUACAGUAAUUCUUCAGAUUUAGGAUGUCACGUACGUAAAAGAAAAAGUGCCUGAAUCUACAGUGAAAUUGUUGACCAGUCUUAUUGUGGGUGACAUUUAACGUUGACAUUUCAGAUUAUUGCUGCUGUAGAGAUCUCCAUGUGUCGUUUUUCUGCUCUAGGAAAGAUAAUUACACAUUUUAUUGUGGUAAAAAAAUGGUACGAUAAACAUCCAAGUAGAGCUGCAGAAAAUGUUGUAUUUGUAUGGUUGAUGUUAAAUGGGUAUUUAUUCGUUUUCAUACUGUAAAAUGAAUGUUUUUCAAAUAUAUUUUCAGAAACCUAAUA